AUGAAUCACCUUCUCAAGCAUCCCAAAAAAUUUCUCUCUCCGUCGGUGGACCUCUACGCCGAAGAGAUAUUCUCCGGCUUUCACCAUCCUUCGCCGUCGUUGCCGGCCAGUCUCUAUCCUGCGUCGUCUUCAAAUUGCGUAGCAUCUCAUUCCGAUACGAGAAUGUUAAAUCUCAAAGGUUGGAUGGCCACUGCAUUGCUCCUUUUGUGCCAUCUAAGCAGCAGCGAAAUUGAAGAUUUGAUGAAGAAGAAAGUGAGUCGGCUUGAUGGUGCACACCUCGAGUUCUUGAGAGGUGUUACUAAUCCUCUUGGAAUCAAGAACUUGGACGAAAAGAAGGAGAAAGAGGAACUUAGUAGAAGAGGCAGCAAAGAGAUGUGUGCUUUGCUGAGGUCACUUGAGACAGUGAACUGA